ACGGAGGUGCUCGCGUCGAUGGAGCCACGCGAGGAGCGCUCGCUCCGCAAACUGCUUGCUUCUGACGUGGACGCGGAGCGCGCGUGCGCGAUUGACAGAACACCUGUGCAGACUUUGACAGAGUUCUGGGAGAAGAUGGUAAAACAGCCACGGACAGUGACAUUUUAUUGUUAAAUUCCUCGCGUAGACGGUAUUUAGGGCACCGCGGAGUCCAUAUGAACUGCAGACGCGAGUAUACAGUGUUCGUAUGUCGGAUUCUGAACGGCAUAAGGCGGUAGCUGAAGGCGUCCGCGGCGAGAUGGAGGCCGUUGGUCGCCGCGCGCCCCGCUGCUUCCCGGGCUCCGCCACGCUCUGCGGACCGGAAGCGCCUCGAGAUGCCGACGGCCGAACGACCUCCGCAGUGAAGAAGCACCACCACAAGCACAACCUGAAACACCGCUACGAGCUGCUGGAGACCCUGGGCAAGGGCACGUACGGAAAGGUGAAGAGGGCCGUGGAGAGACGCACCGGGAGGGAGGUGGCUAUUAAAUCCAUUCGCAAAGACAAGAUAGAGGAUGAGCAGGACAUGGUGCACAUCCGCCGAGAGAUUGAGAUCCAGUCCUCUCUGCGACACCCUCACAUUAUUGCAAUCUAUGAAGUGUUUGAGAACCGUGACAAGAUAGUGAUUGUGAUGGAGUAUGCCAGCAAGGGUGAACUUUAUGACUACCUGAGUGAGUGCCGCAGGUUGAGUGAGAGCGAGAUCCGCCACUUCUUCCGGCAAAUUGUUUCUGCAGUUCAUCACUGUCACAAGAAUGGGAUUGUGCACAGGGAUUUAAAACUGGAAAAUGUGUUACUGGAUGAGAAUUUCAAUAUUAAGAUUGCAGACUUUGGGCUAUCUAACCUGUAUCACAGAGACAAGCUCUUGCAGACCUACUGCGGCAGCCCAUUGUAUGCCUCACCAGAGAUCAUCAAUGGGAGGCCCUACCAUGGCCCAGAGGUAGACAGUUGGGCACUGGGCGUGCUGCUCUACACCCUUGUUUACGGAACCAUGCCUUUUGAUGGAGGCAAUCACAGGCACUUAGUCCGCCAGAUCAGCAGCGGAGAGUAUCGAGAGCCAGCCCACUCCUCAGAUGCUCGUGGUCUGAUCCGCUGGAUGUUGAUGGUCAAUCCUGAGAGGCGGGCCACAGUGGAGGACAUUGCCAACCACUGGUGGGUCAACUGGGGGUGGAGGAGCAGCGUGUGUGACUGUGGGGCCCAGUCUAAUGCCAGCUCUCCCCUGUUGGCGCGCUUACUCCACUGGCAGAACCACAAUGAACCCCACUCCUCAACCUACCAGCGGCACAGGAAGCCAAGGAAAGAAAAUGAAAGGGCAGGGUCUUGUCACUGGAGGGAGGAUGGACCAGGACUCAAGAGACCUAAGGGUAUAUUGAAGACCAAGGUGGAGGCAAUGCAACAUUGCCUGAGCAAGGAGGAAACAGAACUGAGGGAGACGGUUCAUUCCCAGGAAGGCAAUUUAGCCUCUGAUCCUGACCAGAAUUUCAAAGAGAAUGAUGGGAAUCGGGAGGAGCUGUCUUUGGCAGAAAGCUCAGCUGCCAAAAUGGUGUCCCCUUCCCCGAAGAAGGGUAUUCUGAAGAACAGUCAACAACGUGAGUCGGGGUAUUACUCCUCCCCUGAGCACAGCGAGUCCUCUGAACUCCCAGAGGACUCUGCAGUGCUCUCCCCUACUCGUUUGCUGCAGAAAAGAACAGCGGGCAAGAGGGGUAUUCUGAAGCGCAAUGGACGGUACGCCACAGAUCGCAUUGUGUUGUCGUCGAGUGUGUCUGGUGAUUCUGGCCUCUCCCGGAGCCAGAGUCGGCCCUCUAGUGUCUCAUCUGGCCCAAUAGACACCUUUUGCUAUACUGACAGUGGGCUGGUUCCCCAGCUACACCUCAGGAGCUCUCUGUCGGCUGAGAACCUCCUCCCACUUGUCGGCCUUCGGGGUUUGCAAGCUGUGCCAUCCUGCCCUCAGGGUGAGCAGAGUCACGGGGUCCAUGUUUCCUCUGCAGAUGACAGCAGCUUUUCCCUGCUGGGUGACAUGGACGACGUGACUCAGGUGUACAAACAGGCCUUGGACAUCAGCAGCUGCUUGACUUAAAGAUGUGUGCAUCGGUUUCUAUGCCACUGACGACCAGUGUGUUGCUGGGAUAUACUGCGAGGGAGGUAUUCUAACCAUUUUUUGUGACAAUCAUUAGGCUGUUUAAUUGUAAAGGACAGUGUAUGAGCGUUUACAUGUUCUCAUAUUUGAGUGGAUAUUUUUUGGUUACUCUGAUCUCUGCCCACAGUCCAAAGGCAUGUGUUUCAGGUGGAUUGGUGACUAUAAAAUUGCCCAUACUAUGGAAGUGUGUGGGUAAAGGGGUGUGUGUGGUUGUUCUGUGAUGAGCUGGUGUCCCAUCAGCUCUGAAUUGGACAAGCAGUUAUUUGCAGUGAGUGAAGAUAAUGUAUGAAACUCUCCUUUGUGUUCAGAGUCCCCUGUAAGAAGUGCCUUUUGAAUUCACAUCUGUUUCCUACUCUCAACUCUGUUUUGAGAAAAAUAUACAAGAUGUUGAAUGUUAGGAAAAUGUAAGGUUUGAGAGAAUGAGAAAUUGCUUGGAAUGGACAAUCACAGUAGAGUGUUACCCUUCAGGCUAAAGAAAUCUGAAGAGCUCAGGUCGUGCAGUAGGCGAACGAAAUGUAUGGGUGAAGUAAUGAGACUGACAGCAGCAAGAAGAAAACAAGAAUAGAGUGUAGAAAGUGUUUAUUCAGGGUCCAAAGCAAAAGCAGAGAAGGACACCAUUCUAAAUAGUUUUUUUUUAAUAACAUCGCCACCAGGUAAAGUAUCAAAUGUGUACAGUACUCAUGUUUUUGCCACUUGUGUAUAUAAAUGAGCAACAGACAAAAUGGUGACAGAACGUCAAAGGUCAGUGGUCUGCAGCUUGUUUCCACUUCCCUGGCACACAGAUGGACACUUGAGGCAAGUGUGAAGUGGCCUCUCUACACCACAUGUAAAACCUGGGAAUAAACAAAGCAGAUAUAUGCUGUGGAAAGCACAUGUGGGAAUAAGGCAUGAAAUCGCACUUCUGUUCACUUUCUGUAACAUUUUAAAUGCCACACGAAAGUUCACAAAGAGAAUGCGUUAUGUUGAAUAUUUAAUCAUGAUUCUAUGGAUGUAAGGAAGCGGUAUUCUUCAUCACGAUCCAUUUUGUGAAAGGAUUGUAUUUUCAACUGGGUUUACAGUGAUCAAGUUAUACUAUGUUAGUAUUUAAUUCUGGUUUUAUUGUAUUGUCUAAAAUAUGGUGUUAUGUUUGUUAUUGCAGAAACUUCCAACACUGUGUGCAACACAUGAAAACAACUGUUGUAUUUAGUGGUCAUUGGCCUAAUACAGCUAUCAAUAUACCAUAAUUGCUAUAUUUCUUAUUACUUAAAAUUGUUUAUUAGCCACAGCAUACCACUGGAACUUACACUGGUGUACUUGUAGUGGUUACUAAGGUCAGGUAUAACAAAGUCACUUAUGGGCAUAUAACUGCUGAAAGAGGUGACUUUAAGGUUAUCAUUGCUUUUUGGCAGACUGGAAAUAACACAUUUACUGAAAAUAAGUCUAAUAAUGGUAACAUUUGACUGGAUACUGUUAUGUCAAACAGUAUGUAUUAAGCAUUUUUGUUAUGGCUAUAUUGGAAUGCUUUUACUGUAGCUGCUGAUACUUUUUAUGGUUAUCAUUUUGGUACUGGGUUUGUAAGCCAUGACUGUUUUGUGGUUUCUCUUUAGUGCCUUUGUCUUCAUUUCAAUUGUGUUUGAUACUAAUAGUGAUAAUCGUUGCUUUUUCCCCGCAAUGUCUGUAUUUAUUUUAUGGGGAGUCGAAAUGCCAUACUUAAUUUUGGGCGAGCUGCACUGGGAACUGGCUAUGCCACUGAAAAUGACAGCGUUAGGUCCCAUGUUCUCACCAGAAGGGUGGUGUUUCCACCAAUAAAUGAAAUAUUCCUGAACAGCUGAACAUCUCCUGGUUUCAGUUUUCUGAUCAAGGACCUUCUACAGGG